UUUUUAUCGGGCAUUAUGUCUUAGCUUCUUAUUUGUUUUAUUCGGGACGUCUUUUAUUUUGCCAGUGCAACGCAAUACACACAACAACAGUAACUACCUACCAAACAGCAUCCUAACACCUUAUUUUUAUUUUAACGUGGGCAUGUCAUAGGAAAUAAGGCUGGCGAUAAACAAAACAAAGGCGGCAGUUAAUCAGUUAAUUGUAUUCUAGACCUCGUUGAGAGAUGUCGUCGACAAACAGCACGAAUCAACUAAAAACACGGGUACUGUCUAUUCAGAGUCAUGUAGUGCAUGGAUAUGUGGGCAAUAAAAGUGCAACUUUUCCACUGCAAGUCUUAGGCUUUGAAGUGGAUGCCAUCAAUUCGGUACAAUUUUCCAAUCACACAGGCUAUGCCACGGUUAAGGGUCAAGUUCUGCAGGAAAAGGAAUUAGUUGAUUUAUUUGAUGGACUUGAAAGCAACGGCCUCUUGAAUUGUUAUUCACAUCUACUGACCGGGUAUAUAGGAAAUGCCUCUUUUCUGAGACAAGUUGCUAAAAUCGUAUCUAAAUUACGCGCUAACGAUCCGAACGUGAUAUAUGUUUGUGAUCCGGUCAUGGGCGAUGAUGGACAAAUGUACGUGCCAAAGGAAUUACUUCCAAUAUAUCGUGAUGAAAUUAUUCCUUUAGCGGACAUUAUAACGCCUAAUCAAUAUGAGGUUGAGCUUUUGACCGAAAUGAAAAUAUCAAAUGAAAAAUAUAUUUGGGAGGCAAUUAAUUGGUUCCAUGGACGUGGCAUUGAUACCGUGGCAAUUUCAAGCAGCGAUUUUGGUAAACCCGGAGAACUCCGCGCAUUCCUAAGCAAAAAAGCUGGGCCGCGUUACGCUCUUAAUAUUCCCAAACAAGGCACAAAUAUUUCAUUUACCGGUACUGGUGAUUUGUUUGCAUCAUUGUUCUUGGCUCAUAGUUACCAAACACCGGCAACGCAAUUAUCUACUGCUUUGGAACGUACAAUUGCCUCACUGCAAGCCGUUAUAAAACGGACCUUAGAUUCGAUGCCUCUAGAAGUUCUUGAGGGUAAGCGGAAAGUUACCUCUUUUGAACGUGAACUAAAACUGAUUCAGAGUAAAGUGGACAUUGAAAAUCCCAACGUGAAAUUACUUGCUGAACAAAUUGUUUAAUAUAUCCGUGUUUUCAAUACCACUUUGUUGUGUUUUGUCUUUAUUACUUGUUUGUUAACCGUUUGCCAGUACAAAAUAACUUUUGACAAUAAACACUGUUAAGCUUAAGUUUUAUAACCGAAGAUAACGUACAUAUAUGCACACACAUAUAUAGUUAAAAAUAUACAUAAUAAAAAUAUUAUAUAUCAUGAUA